AUGGCCCCAUCCGGUAGAAAUAAAACGACGCAAAACAAUGACAGCGAUCCUUCGGAACAAAAUGGUACCCAAACGCAAGAUACCAAUCAAAACGUUCAAGAGACUGGCGUUCGAAAACUGGUUUCGCUUCGACGUCAUCACAAAAUGGAGAUCAAUACUUUGAUCGACAUGCUCGAAAACAACAUCUACGAGGAAGAAUAUGAUCUUGAACUCAUCAAUGAAACGUUCACUGAAUUGUCUCAAUUCCAACAAAAACUUGAUACCCUGAACGAUCAAAUGUUACAGGCUGGUUCUGAACACGAUUUUGAAGAACAUUCUCACUGGACAGUACAGUUGAAACAGAAAAUCCGAGUAUUUUCAAUGAAAGUGAAAAAAUAUUUGAAAAAACAAGUAUCAAAUCCUGCUACUUCUACAAUUCCACAUAACAGCGCUCAAGAAAAUGCUACUUCAAUUUUCCCACAGGAAACCGCAACCUCCAUGCCGACUGCAAACAUAAUGGAUAUACCAAACAACAACCUUAUAACCAUGAGCAACAAUACUCAAGGCAAUGCAAGAACAGCUGCCUCUGACGACAACCUUUCGGCGCCAUUUCAAGGCGACCAAUCAUUUUCAAAUCCAUUUGCUAGUGAUGUUCCUAACCACAGCUCACAACAAGCUAAUGCUGCAAACCCUCCUAACAACAACAAUCGAGCUUUGGCAACUAAUUCAAGCGACACUUCUACUACAUUCAGUCGAUCAGUGCCAAAACUGAAGCCUACAAUUUUCAAUGGCAAUCCCAACUAUUGGUUGCACUGGUAUGGUGUAUUCGUAUCAUCGAUUCAUAAUUCUAAUAUGUCUCCAACUGAAACGAUGAUCCAUCUUCAAUCAUUGGUAACUGGCCCAGCUAAACUAAUGAUAGCUGGUUAUGGUGCAAACGGCGACACAUACGAACUAGCACUACAACGUCUUCGUGAAAACUUUGGCAAUACCAAUAGAAUUGUCAACUCUUUUUUGCAACGUCUUGCAAAUUUCAAACCUCCAAAUCUGGCUCAACCAGAAUCAUACAUGCAGUUUUCUGCUUUUCUCCUAACUUUAGUGGACACUUUUGAGCAACUUGGUUUUGUUCACGAUAUUUGUUCUACAACAAACUUGAACACUGCUCUGGCAAAGCUUCCCGACCCUGUGAGAUUAGAAUGGAAUCGCUUCGUCAUCGACAAAGACUACGAUCAACCCUCCUUGAGAUAUCUAGCACAAUGGUUUCAAAGGUACGCACAGGCGUGUCGCGACAUGCCUCCGACAGGUUUCCGAAACCAAAACAAUAACAAUUUUAACAAUUCUUCUGGAAACGCUAAACACCCUAGUGGUUCCCGUUUCAAUGGUUUUACUACAAAUGGUGUAGGAAAUCAAAAUCAGCGCUUUAACCAUCAGGGAGAUCAACAAAACUCUCGUGCUCAGAAUAAUGUAAACUCGAAUGCUUGUCCUAGUGGAGACACCUGUGGACCUCUCUACAAAUGCGAGCACUUCAAAGCUUUAGACCCUAAGCAACGAAAAGAGCAUGCCCGAAAAAUGCACUUAUGCUUUAACUGUCUAGGGAAUCAUAGGUUUACUGACUGCAAUUCGAAAUCGCUCUGUCGAACCGAUAAUUGUGGUAAAAAACACCACACUCUACUCCACGAUCCUUCUGAUACUUAUGGAAAAAACCCUAGUAAAGCUGCAGUGAAUCGCGCAAUAGCUUGUCAGAGAUCAGAUAGUGGUAGCUGCGUAACUCUACUACUGGACUCAGUGGCAACUCAACUAGGCUUGGACGUCAACAAGAAGCACUCACUUCCCAUAUCUGGAUAUCAUGAGACCAAGUCAGUUCAAGUUACAUCUGUGGAUGUACAAAUUAGACCAUACAAAAGCACAUCGACUCCAAUGACGCUCGAUGACGUACUCACGGUAGAUGAAAAUAAUUUGGCCCCAGUUGAUAUUUUUCAACUAAACGCAAUGUGCAACAAUUUUCCACAUUUAAAGCAUGUUAAAUACCCGGACUUAAACGACAAUAGCAUAUCGCUAGUCAUCGGAAACAACAAUCCAGAAUAUCAUGAGAUCAAAAAUACCGUUUAUGGCCCCAAGAAUGUUCCCUGGGCUAUCGAAACCCUUUUGGGAUGGACAUGCACAGGUCGGAACAAAACGCAAUAUAAUUCCGUUCCAUCUGUUCCGGUGAACUUCACACAAGUUCAUUCACACAAUAACUUAGAUGAAAAAUUAUACCAGAAAGUUCUCAACUGGAUGAAAAUAGAAAACACAGGCAUCGCUUCUUCAAAACGCUCGCACUCCAAAUCGGAUAAAAGAGCAAUCGAUAUUCUCGAAAACUCUUGUACUUUAGUAGAUGGUCACUAUCAAAUUGACCUUCUUUGGAAAGAGGAUACUGAUCUUCCAAAUAACCGUUGGCUAGCUGAAAAGCAACUCAACAGCCUCGAAUUUCGCCUUAAAAGUAAACCUGAUUUAAGGGAGAAAUACCGCGCAACAGUCAUCACUGACUUAGAAAAAGGCUUUGUCACCAAAAUAGAUGCAAAACAUGACACUGCAAUCAAAUCUUGGUAUUUGCCGCAUCAUCCAGUGACAAAUGUCAACAAACCAGACAAAGUUAGACGAGUCUCAAAUGCUUCCAGCAUUUUUCAGGGUAAAUCCCUCAACUCGAGUUUGCUCAAAGGGCCCGAUCUUUUGUGCAACUUAACAGGUCUCAUAAUUCGCUUUCGACAAAAUAAAAUAGCAAUAUCUGCUGACAUAGAUGCUAUGUUUAUGCAAGUGCUAGUCAGCCCAAAGGAUAGACCUUUUCUAAGAUACCUUUGGAAAGAAAAUGGUAAAUUAGAAACUCACGAAUAUACACGACACAUUUUCGGUGCCACAGACUCACCAUGCGUGGCUUGCUACGCAGUACGACGAUGUGCAUCAGACAGUAAAAACGACUUUCCUCUGGCUUCUGAAAUCAUUCAACGGAAUAUCUACAUGGAUGAUUUGUAUGUCACUUCGUCAACGGUAGAAGAAGCCCUCCAACAAAUGACACAACUACGAGGAUCUUUAUCUCGAGUCAGCCCUAAUGAUCCAACGCCUAAACAUCAACGAGUUCUCGGUGUUCACUGGAAUACCAACACUGACUGCUACUUCAUCGAUAACAAAAAGUUUGUAAAAAUUCUACGUAUUGGCAUUGCUACGCAACGGAAACUCCUGAAGUAUACCGCUUCUUUAUUUGACCCACUCCAUUGA